GAAAUUAAUCAACUAUCUUCCCCAUCUACAUCAGCAAUAGCAUCCAGUGAAAAUGAACUAAUUAGUAGCGAUGAUGAUGACGAAUUUGAAAUAAGUUACAAACUAAUUGUAAAAACAGUAGAAGGAUCUUCAUUACUAGCAAAAUGGUUUAAAGAAUCAGUAUCAGCUAUCAAUGAAUUUCUUUCAUCAAUUCAUGAUAAAAUUGUUAUGCUUACAAAAGAUGAUACACUUGUAUCAACUGAUUAUAGCAUAGCAUUUAAGACACAAAGAGAGGCCGGUGCUAGUACUCAAUUAGCAGAUGUACAAGAUUUUAUUAAAUUUAAAGCUGAAUCUAUAAAGCUAGCUGAAAAAAAUACCAAUGUUAAGAUUUAUAUAACAAUCGUGAAGUCAACUCAAAUAAAACAAAAAAAUCUGAUAAAUAUAAUUUGUUACUAA